AUGACGGUCAAGCUGAUGAACGGCAGUGUGACACUAGAUCAGGGUUGGGCCACCUACGAAGCCGUUCAUCAGAUUAAGAUCGGCUACAUGGCACUGUUGCACGCGGCAACCAAACACGCCCCGAACGCCCCGAGCGCCCUCCCGGCAUCCUCUGUCCCUCACUUCUCGCAACCCAAAUCGCUGCAGUCUCCCCCGGGUGCGGCGACGACGCAGGAGCUGCCGCCGGCGAUGUUCCUGGAGCAGGUCCCCGCACACCUACGGGGCGAGCGCCGAUGGGGUGAUGGUGUGAUGCGCGAUCUGGACAUCUCCAUGCGUGACCAGGGCCCGGUGCGCUCGGUGGACGAUACGCUGUUCCAAAGAUGCAGCUUGGUCGCGUCCGUGGCACGCAUCGCGAGCGGCGCGGCAUCAGGCGUCGGUGGAGGAUUGCUCGCUCUCUGGUUUGCGACGGGACAAGUUCAGAAAUUGCUUGGGGUUCCACGUCCUCCUGGAAUACUGAUGUUGGGCUACGGCUGCGGUUGUUUUUCCUUGUACAUGAAGAUGCAGUAUUAUGACCUCCAGAAGGAUUUUGCUGCAAUCGUUUUGGAGCAUGGAGAAGAACACACGAAGAGGGAGCUAGCUAAAAUAAUACUCAAUAACCAUAGCACUGACAAAUCACUGGUUGAAGUUCUGAAGAGGCACUAUGUAGCUGAUCAUCUGUUGAGUGAUGAGCAUCAAGAGAAGCAACUUUUCAGGUGGCGCCAACGCCAUUUGUAUGUGGACAGCGCUUUUAUGGAGAGGUUGAAGGAGGAGCUUAUAGAAGUGGUGAAGAAGAAAGUUAUAGAAAGGGUGGAGAAGUCUAAAGCAAACAACGCCGAUGGUGAGGCCGAAUCAAGUGCAAACGUUGGAUUAUUUGAGGAGGAUCCACUGGCUUGUGUGCUUGGCACUCCAGACAGCAACAGGAAGAUGAACAUGUUGCACACAGGCACUAUCCUGACGAGACGGGAGCUUCUCAUCGAAGAAGUUACUGGCAGCAUCAUCUCCGACAUCCUGAAAACUGCCCCCAUCUCCGACAUGCUGGAAAUUGCUGCAUUAUGAUGAAGCCUUGUCGGCGUCGUGGACAAAACUACAGUUAAAACUUUCAGGUGUGCGUGCAACUUUACUUGGCAUAGUUGCAGGUUGCGUUAUGCGUGCGCGCACGCAAUUCAACAAAUGGACACGCGUUAGAUUCGGUCGAAAUUCACAGCAUGCUCUCGCAGAACCGUGGGUUCGUUUGCUGGAUAUGCUUGCUAAUGAACACAUUUCUCGUUCCCCCGAUGAGGUGUGGUCGGAUUUGUUGGAAAUAUGAGCAAUUUACCGAAUGAUUUUAUUAAU